AUGAACACAAUCCGAGAAGUCGAAAAGAUCAACCAGGAAGAAUUGGAGCGUGGGUUAGCUGGAACUCCUGCCUCGUGGCACUCACAAUACCGCAACUCUCCAUGGGUAUAUGUUGGCAAUUUGGAACAUCAAUUGACCGAAGGCGAUGUCUUGUGCGUUAUGUCCCAGUUUGGAGAGAUUGAAGACAUUAACUUGGCACGAGAUGAAGAUACCGGAAAAUCGAGAGGUUUCGCCUUUGUCAAAUACGAGGAUGCUAGGAGUUGUAUUCUUGCCGUUGACAAUCUAGUGGGGAUCAAGUUAUGCGACCGAUCCUUGCGAGUGGAUCACAUGGAAAAGUAUAGACUGCCCAAAAAGCUAUUGGAACAAGAAGAGGCCAAGGAAGCUAUGAAUUUUGGAGCCGGUCAUGCCUACAAGGAUACAGAAUUGGCCAACCAGUAUUCCGUACACCAAGGACAGGAUUUGUUUUCGCCCACUGACCAAAAAGAAGAAGAUGAAAAGAAGCGUCGCAAAGAAGAAAAGAAACGACAAAAGGAACUAGACAAACUGGAACGUCGGCGGAAACGAGAAGAGCGCCGCAUCAAAAAGGAAGAAGAACGAAGGAAACAUCGCGCAAGCAGAUAUCGCCAUGAUGAUUCAGUGGAUGAAAAAGACAAAGACAAUAGUCGUAGAAGUAGAGACAAGGAAGAGAGAAGGAAACAUCGCAAACGAAAGCAUGAAAGAAAAGAUUCUUCUUCCAAAGAUGAAUCAUCAUCAUCCUCAUCAUCUGGUGAGGAUCGAAAACGUCGAAGAAAGAGCCACACGCGUCGGCAUCGGGAUUGA